UUUCUUCCCGAAACUACAUAUCUUCACCUCUUCAACAUCCGUCUCCGUCAACAGCAUCACCGCUCGGUUUCGCAGUAACCUAGGAACAUUGAUCCUCAUACAAGUCCAGGUGUUGACAACAUAUCCCCAAGCCGUCAAGACACUCAACUUCACCAAUUUGUACCAUGGAAGCCUCAAAGCAGCAACUGUCGUCCCCAAUCUGGCAGAACCUCCCAGUCGAACUACUCCUCAAUGUGUUCGAUCACCUCAUCAAGAUGUCUCUCGAUCAAAUCGAGACCGACCCCUUUUACCCCUGGGUCCUCCGCCAGGUACACCGCCAUGUCAAACACCGCAUCGACAGAGAAUACCGACGGGUACUCUUUCCCCGUCUUUUCGUCAUCAACCAGUUCCGUAAUUACUCCCAGAGAAGGAACACCGUGGAAAGCAUUACAGGAGUCCCAAACCCACGGCAUGCCCUGUGGAAACCGUACAUUGACGAACAGGCGUCAAAGUCCUUCUCCACCUGGGAUGACGGCGACAGGGUGACGUUCUACACCCUUCCGGACAGUCCACUCGAGCGUAGGUUCGAGUGCAAUCAGCACCUUCGCAGUGGCAACCGUCCGGUAUGGGAGAGGCCUAGAGUCCCCUACGUUGACGUUUGCCUUCUCCUUAAGAGGCGCACUCUUGCAGUAACGCUUGAGGGGGCGACGGCCUUCAGGGACACGUCCAUGGAAACGUCGGUUGAUCGCGUGGCUGUACGGUUCAACGCGGUCCAACUCAUUGACGCCUUGUUGACGGAAUGGGAGCGACGUUCGAGGAGGAUGGGGGCUGUCCACUGGUUACCAAGUGAAGGUUGGCUGGAAGGCAGUCAGGAUGAAGUCAGUCAGUGUUACUUCAAGUACUAGGGCGGGGUUCUCGCCGGUACUGGGGGCGGACAAAGUAGU